AUGAAGAAAUCUGCUCCUUCUCCGGAUCCCAACCCAAAGGCACCCCUGAUCCUACAAGAUCAUCCUAAGUGGAAGGAAAAAGGAAAAUGUGUGAUGUCCAAGAAAACAUUCAGGGACGAUUUGAAUGGGCAUCAUCAAACCCACCAAGAGGAGAAACCACAUAAUGGCACAGAAUGCAGAAAAAGUUUCAGCGACAAUGGCGAUCUUGGCCCACAUCAGAGAACCCACACCGGUGAAAGAUCCUAGAAGUGCCCGCUGUGUGGGAAAAGAUUCAGCCAGAGCUGCAACCUCACGUCGCAUUGGAGGACCCACACAGGGGAGAAGCCAUACAGAUGCGUUGAGUGUGGGAAAAGCUUCAGUCGUAGCACGACCCUCGUUUCGCACCAAAGAACCCAUACAGGAGAGAAGCCGUAUAAGUGUAUGGAGUGCGGGAAGAGUUUCAGCAGUAGCGAAAGGCUCAGUAGACACCAGAGGACUCACACGUUAAAGAAACAUGAUCUGUGGAGGGUGGAAAGAGCUUCAGUUGGAGAGUGCAUCAUAUUGGACAUCAGAGAAUCCUUGCAGCAGAGGAGGCAUUUAAAUGCUUGGAUAUCUUACUAAGCAGGGAAGAAGACAGAUUCAGCAAAUGCUCAACUCUAUGGCUAAAACAAUAAUAAAAAAAAACAACCAGGAUGGAUAUUCACCACCCCAAAGUCAGAAUAAGGAUUCUCCACCCAUAGAAUCAUAAAAUUGUUGAGUUGGAAGGGACUCCGAGGGUCAUCUAGUCUUAACUUUUCCAGCUGCACUGGCUCCUGGUGGAGUACAGGGUCAGAUUUAAGGUGCUGGUUUUGACCUUUAAAGCCCUUCAUGGCCUAGGACCCCUGUACCUACGGGACCGCCUCUCCCGGUAUGCCCCACGGAGAGCCUCAAGGUCCAUAAAUAGCAACACCCUAGAAGUCCCUAGAAGGUCAAAACCAGCACCUUAAAUCUGACCCUGUACUCCACCGGGAGCCAGUGCAGCUGGAAAAGCACUGGGUGAAUAUGCUCCCAUGGCAGAGACCCCAUGAGGAGCCUCGCUGCAGCAUUCUGCACCCGCUGGAGUUUCUGGGACAGCUUCAAGGGCAGCCCCGCGUAGAGCGAAUUACAGUAGUCAAGCCUGGAGGUGACCAUCGCAUGGAUCACUUAAUCUUAUUAUUAAGUUGUAUUUUAAUUAAUUGCUUUUAUACCUGGUGUUAGCCGCCUUGAGCCCGGUCUUGACUGGGAAGGGCAGGGUAUAAAUAAAAUUUAUUAUUAUUAUUAGCUUUUUGUGUUGCAUCGUUGCAUACACCACCCUGGCAUUUUGUGAUAUUGCGGUAAAAGCAUGGGUCGAAUAAAACAGAACAUUGACAUGUGUAAUUAAAUAUUUCCCUUUCUGAUGUCAAACUCUUUUUUGCCUCCCCCUCCCAAAAAACAAAGUGAGCUUGCUGCCAUCCCAUUUCUCAGAUUAUUGAAAAGAAAGAACAGUUUAGACCAAACUUUUUUGGCCACCGACUUCUUGGUUCCAUACAGUCAUCCCCGGUGCCACUGUGCCCUAUGAAAAAAGCGUUAUUUGGAAUAGAUAGAUAAACUUUAUUUGCAUUAGCCAACGGCCAUAGCAAGUUAUUCAGAAUAGUGGUUUGCAUGUCCCACAAAGGAAGAUAACACAAUAAAAUUCAGAACAGUAAGAAUUAAUUGCACAUUUAUUAAAAAUCCAAUAAUUAAUUAAUUCAACGAAACUGAUGAAUUUGAUCUGGUGAUGCUAGCUUUUCAAAGUCUAUGAUAGUUAUUUAAAUCUCCAGUAGGUAAAGGUAAAGGACCCCUGGAUGGUUAAGUCCAGUCAAAUGCGGCUAUGGGGUUGCGGCGCUCAUCUCGCUUUCAGGCCGAGGGAGUCGGCAUUUGUCUGCAGACAGUUUUCCAGGUGAUGUGGCCAGCAUGACUAAACCGCUACUGGCGCAACAGGACGCCGUGACGGAAACCAGAGCGCACAGAAAUGGCAUUUACCUUCCCGUUGCAGCAGUACCUAUUUAUCUACUUGCACUGGCGUGCUUUCAAACUGCUAUGUUGACACGGGCUGGGACAGAGCAACGGGAGCUCACCCCGUCGCAGGGAUUCGAACCGCCAACCUUCUGAUCAACAAGCCCAAGAGGUUCAGUGGUUUAGACCUCAGCACCACCCGCUGCCUCGUCUCUAGUGUGUCCCCCUAGGUAAUCCCAUUGCCCGCCCCAGGGGGGCACUACCACCCCAUUUAGGAACCACUGAUUUGGAUGGAGCAUUUUUUGAUUGGGAGUGAGGAAGCAUCUUGAGGCAUUUGGGCAAGGAGGCAAGUAGAGGAGUUAAAAAUUCUAAAAAGCUUCAUUUGCUGGAAAUGUUUUGGUUGGCCCAACCCAUUAAGAAAAACACAAAUCCCAGACUACGGCACAUUACGGUGCUGGGUGACCAGCCCUUUUGUUAUGGUUUAAUGGUAUAGAAAUGGAUGGUUGAUGUGUCUUCAGUAGGAUCUUCUGGUUAGGAGACAGAAGGAAUCAGAGAUGCUCACCAGAGCUUGUGUCUUUCCGCAGGAGCUUUAAAAGACGAUUUAAGACAAAUUCAUGGGGAGAGAGGCAGGGAGACUCCAAGGUCAGCUGGGUGGGUGACAUCAGCCUCAGCCCAGUAUACCUGAAGGAGUGCCUCCCAUCCCCAUCGUUCAGUGAGGUCCAGCUCCAAGGGCCUUCUGGCAGCUCCCUCACUGUGAGAUGUGAGGCCACAGGGAACCAGGCAGAGGGCCUUUUUGGUGGUGGUGCCUGCCCUGUGGAAUGCCCUCCCAACAGAUGUCAAGGAAAUAAACAACUAUCUGACUAUUAGAAGACAUCUGAAGGCAGCCCUGUUUAGGGAAGUUUUUAAUGUUUGAUGUUUUAUCAUGUUUUUAAUAUUCUGUUGGGAGCUGCCCAGAGUAGAAUGUGUGCUUUUAUUUAAAAUGCAUCUCUGGGUGAUUUGUAGGGCAUAGGAAUUCAUUAAUUCCCCCCCCCCAAAAAAAUAUACUCCAGCCAGUGGCGUAGCGUGGGGGGUGCAAGGGGGGCCGGCCGCACCGGCUGCAACAUCGGGGGGGCGCGCGCUCGCACUCGCAGCUCUCUGCCCCCUGCUAAAAUCCACGGGUUAGGGGACGCAAAUUACUUGCCUUGCCCCGGGUGCUGACAACCCACACUACGCCACUGACUCCAGCCCACCACAUGGUCUGAGGGACGGUGGACCAGCCCACAGCUGAGAAAGGUUGCUGACCCCUGACCUAAUCCAUUCCUGGACGGUUUGCCAUUGUCCAUGGGAUAAAUGCCUGUCUGGCAUCCAUUUGCCAGGAUGCCAGUGCAAGAAGCUGCUGUGUACGUGAUCCCAGGUUUCAGGGAUUAUGGCUGCCCACUCCCCAGACUCCCCCCUUCGUAAGCCAUUCCUUUCCUGAACAGAACAAAGUUAGAAUGGUACAAUUCCACACUGGAGCGAUUUUAUAUGACUUCCUAAAGAGUUUCCCCAGUGAGCCAGUAGGUAGAUACAUUUAUCAGUGAAUUGUUAUAUUUGGUAAUGUGCAGCAGAGGCCCUUUGAACAGAGAUAGGAAAAACUGUGAGGAAGUGUUUUGUGGGGACAUUUGCCAAAGUGAUUGCGCUGAUUUUGGUAGCUGGGGUGUGUGGGUAUGAUAUGUUUAGGAAAAUUUUUAAUGUUUAAUAGCCUACUGUAUUUUAAUAUUCUGUUGGAAGCUGCACAGAGUGGCUGGGGAAACCCAACCAGACGGGCGGGGCAUAAUUUAUUAUUAUUAUUAUUAUUAUUAUUAUUAUUAUUAUUAUUAUUAUUAUCUGCUGGAGGGGUAACCCCUCCCCCAUCAAUCUUUACAUAAAUUCAUGCAACAGGUGGAAAUGCAAACUGGGAACCUUCUGCUUUAGCAGAGGUGGAAGGAAAGGGGCUGCACGGUGUAGGUUUGAAGCCAAAAAGGCCACCCUCAAUUUGGGGGAAAGUGGAGGGGGGGUGCAAACGAGACCCGACCCCCCCUUUCCCUCCCAGCAUGCCCCUCUCCUCUUCCUUUCAGCGUCUGGUCUUUUCUCCUUGCAUACUGGACCCAAAAUGCACUCACCAGCUCCCUUGCAGAUAUUUUUUUAUUUUUUUGGUUGUGGUGGGGGAGAUAGAAGAAGGGAGGCUCUAGAUGGGGGGGGCAGGAAGUGGAUGCUUCAUGGCCUCUCUAGGCAUCCGGCUCUCCCUCCUUAACCCUGUGUUGGGUUACUCUCCACAAGAAACAAAAAGGGGGGGAGGAAGGAAAAGUGGUGUAAGCUUUGCACGCUCCCCUUGGGAAAACAUAAACAAAUACAGCAACAAAAAAGCAAAGGGAUUUUUAUUAUUUUUAUUUUUUGCAGGCAGCGGGCUUGCUUUUUCCUCACGCCUCCGCUGGGCUUCUCUGCAUCUAGCAAAGUGGGAUUUUCUCAGUUGGGAUUGCAAACGGAAUUGCAAUGAUUGCAAAAAUGGCGAUAUAAUUAUAUAUAUAUAUAUACAGAGAGAUUAGCAAUAAUUUUUUUUUCAAUAAUUGCAAUUCUGUUUACAAUUCUAACUGCGAGGUUUGCAAAACCUCUUUGUUUGCUUCCUUCGGGCGAGAGAGCGAAGAAAAUGGGUUAAUAAGGGGGGGGGGGGAAGUCGCCUGCACUUUCCUAGACAGGCACCGAGGAGGAAGAAGAGGAGGAGGAGGAAGCGGAGACGGGAAGGUCACUUCCUCCCCCUUUUUGGGAAAGUUGGGAGGGGUCUGGUGAGUGAAAUGGGAGAACUGGGGGGAACUGGGGGACGUGCGGGUGGGGGAGGGGGUGGGCCGGAGGAGGAACGGUGGGGCUUUAGGGGUCGGGGAAGGUCCUGGGGAGGAAAGUGGGGCGAGGGCAAAGGGGGGGAGGGGGGAGGGGAGGUUGUCGCUGGACCUUUUGUGGCGCAAUCGCACAACACGGUUGCAAUUGCGGCGCAGGAGAAUCCCUUUGAUCUCCCACCCCUCCCCCUCUCCUAGAAUAAUCAUGAUCCUAACAAUCCAGGCAGGGGAAAAAAAGGUCCAACCCCUUCAUUGGAUCCCGCUCUUCCCUCUUGUCUGAUGCAAUCUCUUGACUCCGCGGGGGGGGGGGGUGUCACAGUUUUUGUGGGUUUGGGGAGACCACCCCCCACUCCCGGGGUUCAAACCAGAAAUUGUCGGUGCAUCUUUGGGGGCGGGGAACCUCAGCUGCUGCGGACAGAUGGAGGCGGGGUGGGCCACGUCUUGCCCCCCCCCCGGGAUCUGGGGAACGCAAAGGAGGCCGUGUGGGGCAGGAAAGAGGUGGAAAGGGGUGGGGGGUGUCACUGCCAAAGCGCCUGCGUUGCAUUAUUAUUAUUAUUAUUUACUACUACUACAGCAGUCUGCAUUAUAUAAGCCUCUGCUUCGUUUAGUUACGCUCUGCAUUGUUAAUAGUAUUGUUGCAACGUGCAUUAUUGUUAAUAGUAUUGUUGCAAUGUGCAUUAUUGGAGUUGGAAAGGGACGCCAGCGGUCAUCAAGUCCAACCCCCUUGUAUUGCAACCGUGCUCUGCGUCACGAUGCAAUGUUAUUAUUUAUCAUUCAUAAUAAUAAUUAGACCGAUGAAUAACAUCCCCUUGCAACUUAGCAGGGUGGGGGGAAUUGGGAUGCUUUAAUUGCCAGCGUCAGACCUACUGGACCAUCUAGCUCAGGGGUCAGCAAACGUUUUCAGCAGGGGGCCGGUCCACUGUCCCUCAGACCUUGUGGGGGACCGUACUAUAUGGGGGGGCGGAUGAACGAAUUCCUAUGCCCCACAAAUAACCCAGAGAUUCAUUUUAAAUAAAAGCACACAUUCUACUCAUGUAAAAACACGCUGAUUCCUGGACCGUCUGUGGGCCGGAUUUAGAAAGCAAUUGGGCUGGAUCCGGCCCCCGGGCCUUAGUUUGCCUACCCAUGAUCUAGCUCAGUAGUGCCUGCAUGGACUGGUAGCAUCGGCUUUCCAGAGUUUCAAGUAAAGGCCCCCCCCCAAAAAAAACCUGGAGAUGCUGCCCAGGGCUUGAACCCCGGGACCUAAUGCAUGCAAAGCCCAUGCUUUGUCGCCAACCUGUGGCCUUUCAAAGUUCUAUGAGAUACGCCUCCCAUUUUUCAUAGCCAUUGGCUGCUGGAUCUGGCCAAAGGUGGGGUGAUCAUAGUCCAAAAUCCUGUUCUCACAGUGAGUCCCAGGAAUGUAAACCACAUUUAUUUAUUUUUAAAUUUAUAGUGGUUGGCGUUUAAAAAGAAUUAAAUAAAAAUACACUGGUGCUAUUCAGAGACAUAUUAGCUCUGACAGUGGAGCAGCCAGUGACACACCGGUUGCAAAGUACUGGCUCCCCGUCUGCUGCUUCUGGCCUGAAUUCAUAGAGUUUUUUGUGGCAACUCAGAAAGCCCUGAAUGGUUUGUUCUCCCUCUUCUAUAACGGGCAGGAUGCCUCCGGAAAAACCCAGUUCCUGGGACUCUGAAUAGGGGAGAGUGCUGAUGGUUUGUGGGGCAUCCCAUAAUGGUUACACAGCCUUUGCCACUGUGAGAACAGGGUGCUUGGGCUGGGUGAGCCUCUGUUUGGGCAGAGCCAGCUGCCUCAGGAUUCUUCUGGUAUAUUAUAAAAACCCUAGAACCGUAGAGGUGGAAGGGAUCCGAGGGUCAUCUAGUCCAACCCCCUGCGAUGCAGGAAUCUCAUCUAAAGCACCCAUGACAGCUGGCCGUUCAACCUCUGCUUAAAAACUGCCAGUGUUCUUCACGUACAUCGUUGGUACUUCAGGAUGAAAUAUGCAUCAUGUGUUUUGUUGCGCCUAGGAAACGUCAACCCAGUUUAGUCAGUCAUGGGUCUGGCUUAGUUCAGGCAGAACCAGAUGCCGCUUCCUGAUUGGCUCGCUCUCCUCUCAGUGCUUCAUCCCAUUGGCUGUCUUUUGUUCCUGUCUCAUUAGACCAAAUGGGGCACCAGAUGGGGCUCUUCAGACCACAGAGGAGGCUGGGGCCUUUGGGACCCUGCUUCCUGAUUGGUUCGCUCUCCCCUCAGCGCUCCAUCUUGUUGGCUCUCUCCCAUGCCUGUCUCAUUAGACCAGCUUUUCCUGCUGUUUCAUCUCCCAAUACAGAACCAGGGCACCCCAACUGCCAUUCCUUCAAUAAAAUAAAACCAACAAUUUCACCAACCGUACACCCAAAACAGCUCCAGAGCACCUAUUUUCCUUUCACUGCUUGAUGAUGAUGAUGAUGAUGAUUUAUACCCCACAAAUCUGCCUGGGUUUCCCGAGGCUUCCGACAAACAUAAAAGCAUAAUAAAACACCAAACAUUAAAAACCUCUCUGUACAGGGCUGCUUUCAGAUGUCUUCUAAAAAUUCUGUCAUUCUUUAUCUCCUUGUCAUCUGGUGAGAGGGCUUUCCACAGGGAGGGCACCACCUCCAAGAAGGCCCUGUCCCUGGUUCCCUGUAGCUUCGCUUCUCGCAGUGAGAGAACCAGCAAAAAACCUCAGUGUCUGGGGUUGAGCGAUGGGGGUGGAGACGAUCCUUCAGGUAUACAGGGCCGAUGCCGUUUAGGGCUUUCAAGGUCAGCACCAACACUUUGAUUUGUCCUCACAAAUGUACUGGGAGCCAAUGUAGGUCUUUCAGGACUGGUGUUAUAUGGUCUCAGCGGCCAGCCUAGUUGCCACAUUCUGGAUUAAUUGUAGUUUCCGAGUCACCUUCAAAGGUAGCCCCACAUAGAGCGCAUUGCAGUAGUCCAAGUGCGGGAUAACAAGAGCAUGCACCACUCUGGCGAGACAGUCCGCGGGCAGGUAGGGUCUCAGCCUGCGUACCAGAUGGAGCUAGAAGACCCUUGAAGCUGGACUGCUUGCUCUGGUUGCUUCUGGUUGUAGGAUACAGGCUUAGAUAGAUAUCAGGUGGGAUCCAGCAGCUAUGCUCUUCUUAAGUUCUUCCCGGGGCAGCUGCUCUCAUAAACAACGUCCUCCUUGUUUUCACAGGCUCACGAGGGAAGCCUCUGCUGCAGAGGGUGCCAGUUGCUGUGACGGAAGCAGAAGCCUUUUGUGGUCGAGAUCUCAGAGUGCGGAGCAAUCCGGCAGACUCUCAUCUGUGAGACCAGAGCAACAGUUGAGUGGGGAGGCUGUAGGAUCUUUCCCUGCCCCGCUGCCUUCCUCUGUCACAGGGGCAGGAGAUGGAGGGAGGUUGAUGGUGGGUGGGAUGAAAGAGGACCAGGAGAUAUCUGGAGGUCAAUGUCUGGUAACGGGGUUCUGCUUAGAGAGUCCAGCUUUGCAUAAGUGAGCCGGUCGGUCUUCAGUUUUCUGUGCCGGGAGUGAGGAUGGCAUCCAUAGCUCAGUUGGCAGAACACGUGGUUUGUAUGCAGAAAAGCCCCUCCCAAAAAGAUCACUCGCCAAAACGUCCCAUUAAAUGGGUGCCAUUUAGCAGAGCUGGAAGAAGCCAGUUGGAGGAGAGGUUUUUCCUGGGCUUUUGUGGGUUAAACCACAGAGCCUAGGACUUGCCGAUCAGAAGGUCGGUGGUUCAAAUCCCUGAGACGGGAUGAGCUCCAGCUCCCGUUGCUCGGUCCCUGCUCCUGCCAACCUAGCAGUUCGAAAGCACGUCAAAGUGCAAGUAGAUAAAUAGGUACCGCUCCGGUGGGAAGGUAAACGGCGUUUCCAUGCGCUGCUCUGGUUUGCCAGAAGCGGCUUAGUCAUUCUGGCCACAUGACCUGGAAGCUGUACGCCGGCUCCCUCGGCCAAUAAAGCGAGAUGAGCGCCGCAACCCCAGAGUCGGUCACAACUGGACCUAAUGGUCAGAGGUCCCUUUACCUUUACCUUUAUAGGCGUAGGGGCAAUGAACAUCAAGUCAAUUUGGAAGGGGGUGCAGGAUCCAAAGACUUCUGCUUGCAGAGCCUUGCCAGAGAGAACAGCGAGCAGAAAACUUUAUUUGCGCCCACCGGUCUCACAGACUUGUUAUUAUUAUUAAUAUUGAUUAAAUUUGUAUACCGCCCUCCAUCUGUAAAUCUCAGGGCGAUUCACAACAUAAAAAUACAAUAUAAAAACCAGCAGAAGCAACAUUUAUAUAUUUAUUUCAUAAUAUUUACACAUUGCUUGAUUGAAAGGAAACAAAGUUUUAAGGAGCUAACCAGGUUGGGAUAGCUGGGAUAGCAGGCUUGUUGGGUUUUGAAUGUCUUGUGUAGAUUUUUCAAUUUCGUUCUGUAUGGGACAAUGACAAUAAAGAUUAUCGUAUCAUAAAAAAAAAAAAAGGCCUGGAAGCAGUUUACAAAAAGAAUAAACCAGUAAAAUUAUCAAUGAAGAACAAUAAAUACCAAUAACAAUAAAACUAAAAGCAGUUAAAAACAAACCUUGUAAAGCUUUCAAAAAGAAUUAAACGAGAAACUAAAAACAGAUUAAAUACAUGUCCGCGUCCUGUGUCUCUUGGGUUUCUCUUUUCUUUUUCCUUUCCUUCAGAGAGAGAGGCAUCAAUUGA